ACCCGCUCUGAAACUGUCACCUCUAAUAGCAUGUGUGGAGCACCAUAAAUUCGGAGAAAAAUAACAAAACAACCGAAAUGAAACAGAAUAAUAAUACGAUUUCGAAACACCGGAAAGAGCUGCAAAAUCGCUCCAAAACCUGGGGCACGAAAAAAUUCAAGCCCAAGAAGUACGAUAAACCGUUCGUGCCGCCCGUGCCAGAGGCCACCGCGAAACCAUGGCAGCACGUGAAGAACGACAUCAUUGACGACUCCGAGGAUCGUGGACAACUCGAUGUGGACAACGAGGACGCCAAGAAAUUCAUGCAGCAGCGGGAGCAGAACCACCGGCGAAACAUCAUAGAAGCCAACCGAUCGGAGGCCACCAAAUGGGAGUCUUUUGACGAGGAUCAGAACGCACCCUCCACUUCCAAGAAGGAACGACCCAAGAAAGGUGGUGCGUCGUCGCAGGAGAAAUCCCGAUUGUGGCAGUGCGACUUUUCCAAGGGAGAAUUUCCCACGGCCGUUAAGAAUUUCUCAUUCAAGGAGCGCGACUUUUACAGGAGAAAGCUCACGUUGGGCGUAAAGGUAUCGGAGCGCCAUGCAGACCUUCGGUCUGCCAUAAGUGAUUUGAAAAGACACCCGACUAUUAUGCAGAAGUCCAAAGGAAAGGAAAGCAAUCCCUUCCAGAAAAUGCUCGAUAACAAGGAAGGCACUUCAAAGAAAAAAAGGCAAAAUGGCGACAAUCCAUUUCGCAAGAGGAAUGAAAAAUAAUCAUAAAUGUCAUUUAACAAUAUGAUCUAAACAAUAAAAUUUAAGAACUGCUAGCCCUGCUAAAAAAAA